GCCAAUCUUCCCAAUCAUUCAAUACCCUCUUCAGGUUCUGGCUAGUUUGUUUUCAUUCAUUCCUGAAAUCAUCAAUAUGGCGCCUCACGGAGAAUCCAUUCCCAGCAGUUUCACUUCAGCUCGCACCAACAACUUCUCCAAGCCUCCGCGACUAUCGAACGAUAGUUUAAGUCGAACCAUAUCGGAUAUUUCCUUCGAACUGUGCAGGGAGGAGAUAGAUAACAUCAAAUCGCAAGCGAGUCUUCCACCGAUAUCUGAGGUCGAGGACGCGAAAUGCGAGUGUUGUGGGAUGUCGGAAGAGUGCACGCCGGAGUAUAUCGACCGCGUGCGAAAAAAGUUCUCCGGGAAGUGGAUAUGCGGGUUGUGCACGGAGGCGGUGAAGGAAGAGAUGGAGAAAAACGGAGGGAAAAGUGAUGAUGCAUUGAAUGCACAUAUGAAUGCAUGCGCUAGGUUUAACAAAUUCGGAAGGGCGUAUCCGGUUUUGUUUCAAGCUGAAGCCAUGAGAGAGCUUUUGAAGAAGUCAAGAUUGGAGGGGAGGGGAGCUAGGGAAAAAUCCAUUAGCCCUAGGGAUGUUAAAAAUUAUAAAGGAGGGCAAAACAAAGGAGGGAUUGCAAGGAGUUCAAGCUGCAUCCCUGCUCUUACAAGGGAGAUUAACGAUCUUACAAUUGCAAAUUAAGGGUGUGUUUUAAUUUGAAAGUGCUUUCGGAAAGCACUUUCAGAUAAUAAGCAUAACACUUUUUUUCGCCAAAACUCUCUGCUUUUGCAUGCAUUUAUCAAAGGGUUAUGUGGGUUCCUAUUUGUCACCCUCACCCUUCACUAAUUAACUAUCAUAAUUACUCCCUUUUGAUCCUUCCUACCCAAAUUUUAAUAAGCGAGAUUCGAUUCGAAUAUCAAAUAUUCAGAUUCGAUCAGCUGAAUUGUUGUUAAAACGCAUCGACCCUUACAAAUAUAGAGUACUAUAUCCUUUCAUCGAGUUUAUAGGGUUUUUUCGGCGACACUUUUUUUGACAAAGGGGAGUUUUCUUUCCUUGGUUUCCAUUUGCCUAGCUCUUUAUCUUUUACUCAAUUUCUAGGGUUUUUGAGGUAGAGCUAGGGCUAACAAGUUGCCUUCUAAAUACCCUACUAGGGUUCUUAAAAUAUAA